UCGUUGGCGUCCGUUAGGGAAGGUGGAGGGGCGGCGAAUGCUGUGGGGGAGCGGGAGGAUGUCAAAGUUGUAGGGCCGUUGGAUGGAAUUUGCUUUAAUUCGUGAGGAUUACGUUGAGAGAAGAGUUUUUCAUCAAAGGAGGCUCGUGGAAGAUUUGUCUUCGUGCGGCAUUUAUUAGGCUCAGAUCAGCAUGGCUGGUGACAGCCAGAGGUUUUGCCUCAAGUGGAAUGACUUCAGGAACAGUGUGACUGCUGUGUUUGAGGACUUGCGGCAAGAUGAGGAGCUCGUAGAUAUCACACUGUGCUGUGAAGGGAAGAAGGUGAAAGCUCACAGGAUGAUGCUGUCUGCCUGCAGCCCAUAUUUCCGAGAGCUUCUAAAGGAAAACCCGUGCCAGCACCCAGUGUUUUUCUUAAAAGACACCACUUACAGUGACCUGCGAGCAGUGAUAGAAUUUGUGUACAAUGGUGAGGUGAAUGUGACCCAGGGCCAGCUCAGCAGCUUCCUGAAGACCGCCGAAAUGCUGCAAGUCAGGGGCCUCACCGGGGACGACGACAAGGAGCCAACGCCAGCUCCAGCUCCGCCUGCACCGCGCGUGCUGCCGCCUUCCUCGCGCACCUUCCCGAAGCGUCCGGCGCCGGCGCCGCUGUCCCGUGUGCCUGCUACGCCCACCAAGCGGCCGCUGCCAGCGGCAGCGCCGCUAACGAAGCGCGUGGCGACCGCUCUCGUCCCGGCACCGGCGCCGCCCGCCAACAGCUUCGCGGUCGCACCGGAGGUGGUGUCGGUCGACUCACCGCCCGAAGCGCCGCGGCCGCCCGCCUCGCCGGCCAGC